CGCACACCAAUAUACCAUGGCAUCCCUGGCAGACGUCGCUCCAGCUCGUAUGCCUUCCGUUCGGAUGCCCCACUUCACCCUUGAACGAGGUAGACAUUCCUCCAUCAUGAAAAUCGGAGACUGGACCAUCACAUCCACCAAACGGCCUAUACUCAAUGGUAAAGAGGUGGAAGCAUCAGAGAAGACACUAAAUUUCACUUUACCCGAGAUGACAUUUGGCAACAAUUCUCUUUCUCUGACGUAUGACCCUCAUGAGAGGGAGCGGGAUAGAGUGGAGAUUGUCUUCUCUGCGCUGAACGCUCUGAGUGAAGUGGGUGUAGGAGAGGGAUGGGAGGAACAGAAAGGAGGAGCUGUAUUGGUUUCUAUGGCAGAAAGCUGGAAGAAUCGAUCAGCACCCAGUUCAUAUCUUAGCGACACACCUAUGACACCCGCUCCUGUCAAACCACACGAUUGGACCUACUCUUCCACCCAUGCUGCUCGUAUCGCUGGACCAUCUACUAUGUCCCCUUCCUCAACACAUGAGCUCCCCCUCCGACUGUUGGCCCGACAAGAUCCCGUUCUGGAUCAAAUAUUAUUCUACGACGAUGUACCAUUAUUCGAAGAUGAACUGCAUGAUCAUGGGGAAUCUAUCUACAAUGUUCGAAUUAGAGUCAUGCCACACGCAUGGUUCGUACUCGCUCGUCUGUUUAUUCGUGUAGACCAAGUGCUCUUUCGCAUCUUUGACGUGAGAUUGUACCACGCAUUCGGAACAGAAGAGGUCAUACGAGAGGCUUGGGGGAUGGAAGCGGAUUAUGAGAUGGUGAAAGCUCGAUUGGAGAAACCUUCGGAUCUAUCUCCAUUGACCGAUCCUAACUGGGUCCACCAGAUCAUCAACAGUCGAGAAGGACCUGCGUCUCAAACAAAAGGAAAGCCAUGGAUAGGUUUGGGAAGAAAGGUGGAUGUUCUACAGCUACCAAAGCCAUCAUCGAAUGGGACGGAGAUGGAGAGAGAUAUGCAAAAACUGAAUAUAUCAUAGUGCGAUAGUAAUGUGACUGGUUAUCAUUUGCGUUGGAUCUCGAUCGAUCGAUUUCAUGCAUCUCAUGAUAAC